AUGGAACACGCACCACCAAAUUCUGAAACCCACCAAGAUCCAAACAGACACUAUGAGUACUCAACACUCCCUGAAGCGCUUCCAGAAGAGCUCCAGCCCGGGGGAUUCAUCCAGCGCGUACCGCUCGAGAAUGAAGCCGAGUCCAAGAUUGCGUACAAUGACGCCGGAUUAAUCAAAGUCGACGACGAGGAAAAACCAAAGGACACCCCGAUCCAGGAGAGUCUGAACGCCACACCGCCAGUCCAGCCCUGGUGGAGACGACGGUUAACAUGGAUAAUAAUAGCAGGUGUCGCGGUGGUUGUAGUUGGCCUCGUCGUGGGAUUGACGGUAGGCCUGUUGACGAAGAAACGUCGAGAUCAACCAAAACCAGUCGAUACAUCUUUCGGCACCCCCACAAAUUUCACUUCCAGUAGCACAUCCCGUGCCUCUUCGUGCCGUGGCGUUGUUUGUCCGUCGAUGCUCGCCGUAGCUCAGGUAACUGCCACGAACGAUCUAGGCUUCUUCAUCUUCAGCCGCGGAUCCGAUCGCGCGAUAUGGUACCGUCGAGGGAACCAGACCGCCUGGGAUGCCGACUGGGCCAGUCUAGGAGGCGAAUUCGACAGCCAGCCAUCCGCCGUCGCAAUGGGCGAUGACCAGAUUUACGUUUUCGCCGCGUGGUCCGACGGUUCUGUGCGGUCCAAGACAUAUCGGAACGGUCAGUGGACGCGGGACUGGGAGAGUCUACAGGGCAAUAAAACUAUCAACGCGCCAUCUGUCUGCUCCUGGGGCCCGAACAACAUCGAAGUGUUUGCCACGGACGAGGAAAAUCUCUUGAUCCACAGGCGGUUCAAUGGCGUGAAGUGGGAGCCUGCAGUCGACAACCCCUGGCAGAAAUGGGGAGGAUACACUAGCGCAGCGCCUGCGGCUGUCUGUCCUGGCUCGGGACGGGUCGAUGUCGUGAGCUAUGGUGGAUAUUCUGACGCGCUUCACGAUGUCGGGUGGAUGCAUUAUAAGGACGGAAAAUGGAUUUUGUGGGAGGGGAACAGUCGUCCUAACGCCGAUGUGGGUUAUCUCGGCGAUCCGACGCUGGUAAUAGUUGAGGAUGAGACCAUAGCUGUCCUCGGUGUUGGAUCUGACAAGCAGUUGUACUACACCGAGUGGUCGCCAACUGCGAACUAUAGUGUAACGGAAGAUCUCGGCGGUAGCUUCGAGUCGAUGGCUAGCGUUUUGACUUCCUCAAGUGGGAAUUUGGAUGUCCUAGCCGUCGGCAGAGAAGACAGGCUCAUGCAUAAAGCUCGCGUGGAUGGAGCGUGGGCCAAGGAUUGGGAAGAUCUCGGUGGUUACUUUAACAGCGCGCCGUUGCCCAUGCGCCUGGGUGACGGUCGGAUCAUUGUGUUUGGUCUCGGCCCCGACGGAAACAUGAUUCAUGGGAAGUGGUCGCCCACGCACAGCUUUGCUUGGGGAGAGGGCGAGUGGUUUAAUGACUCGGGCAGCCUGGCAACCGGUUGGCUGAGAGCCGGGCCGGCGUAA